CGUCUCAAUUUUUUUGAUCUCUGCGCUUUUUUGUAUUUGUUCAUCUGUUCACUGUUGACAUUUUGUUUUGUUUUUUGGUAUUUUAUACAUUAUUUACCAAAAUAUGUCUUUUGUUGUCAAAAAUGCCUGGGGGAGUAGAUGCUCGUUGGUGUAUUGUACCAGCCUUUGGUCAAACAACAAUGAAGAAUUACGGAUCUCAUUUUUUAAAUUUCCUAAAGACCAUUCAAGAUGUGCUUCUUGGGUGGAAAAAUGUGAAGCCAAAUAUUUACCGACCACAGAUCUCGAUAUUCUGCACAAAACUUUUAAGUUGUGUUCUUUACAUUUUGAAGAUGACAUGUUUCUAAAUACCUUGAAAAAUAGACUCAAGCAGACUGCAAUCCCUACAUUAUUUGCCAAAAAACCGGCUGAAUUUCAAAGUAAUUCUUUGGUUGGCUCAAAAAAUAUUAGCAUUUUAAAUCAAUCGACUGAAAGUAGUUCAAUGACCGAUGACAUUUGCUCAAUUGAUGACCAGCCAUCAUGUUCAACACCUGAUUCGUCUUCUUCACAGCCUGUUUUUGCCGAGAGUUUGUCUGUGUCUACUUCUACAGAAAUUUGUGAAGCAUCAACAGGUUCUCAAACUCCUGGGUAUUUGUCGCUGAAGACCCCCAGAAAAGUAACUCUUCGAAAACAACUUUCUAAGGCUCAUACCACAAUCAAAGAAUUGGAAAAUGAUGUGAAUCGUCUUACGGUUUGUUUGCAGCAUGCCGACACCAUUGAGAAUGUACUUCAAUUAGUUGAAAAGUAUAUUUCACCUUCAUUAUUUAUUGUGGUAAAAAAUAAUGUUCUUAAUAAAGACAAAACUCCAAAGGGAAGACGAUUUUCAAAUGAAAUUAAACAAUUUGCACUUACUAUCUAUUUUCUGGGUCCUAGUGUGUUUCAUUUACUUCAAAAAAAUUUUUGUCUUCCUUCUAUUAGAACUCUUAGAAAAAUAACUUCUAAAUAUGAAUUUCAACCUGGCCUUAAUGAUUUUAUGUUUAAUUUUCUAUCUUUCAAAACUAAAACUUUUUCUUCUGAUGCGUUAAAUUGUAUUCUCUGCGCGGAUGAAAUGUCAAUUAAAACAAACUUAUUUUAUAAUUUAUCUAAAGAUCAAAUAAUUGGUUUCAAUCAAUUAAAGUCUUGUAAAACAUAUGAUCCUGCCAAACAUGCCCUUGUUCUUAUGAUAAGAGGUAUUAAUUAUAAUUGGAAACAACCAAUUGCAUAUUAUUUAAUUUCCAAUAGUUGUACUGGUGGUGAUUUAAAUAAUAUAAUUGUUUCUACUAUUCGAAGACUUAAAAAUAUCAAUAUUAAUGUAAAAGCUUUUGUUACUGAUCAAGGUUCUAACUUUAUUAAUUUUUCCAAAAUCAAUAGUGUUACUCCAGAAGAGAGAUAUUUUGAAGUUGACAAUGAAAAAAUUAUAUAUAUCUUUGACCCACCUCAUUUAAUAAAAUCGACCCGUAAUAUGUUUUUUAAACACAAUUUAAUUGUUGACGAUGAAACAAUAGAUAAAAAACAUGUCGAUACUUUCUAUAACUAUGACUCAAAAUGUAAUGUACGAAUGGCUCCUAAAUUAACUUACGCUCAUAUUCAUCCCAGUCCUUUUGAAAAAAUGAAGGUGAGAUUAGCGGUUCAGGUAUUUAGUCAUAGUGUAGCCGCAGGGAUGUCAGCAGCUUUAAAUCAGGGUAUUCUACCAACCAACUCUAAAUGUACAAUCAAUUUUAUUAAUUUAAUGGAUAGAUUAUUUGAUAUUUUCAAUUCAUCAGAUACUCCUAAUAGUAAAAUAUUUAAUGAUCCUUUCAAAAAUGAUGGACAUCAAUUAGAUCAUUUAAAUAAAAUGGUUAAAAUAUUUAAAAACAUGAAGGUAAUUAAUAAGUUUAAAGAAUCUGAUGUGACUAAUAGAGUAAAUUUAUUAAUGGUUGGUUGAUUAGUAUAUC